AUGUUUCAAAGAUUUUCAAGAUACUUCAACCCCUUCAAGACAAUCAAUCAAAUAAGAGAUAAUUCUGAUAACAAUUUGCAUGAAGAAUUGAUUGGGUUUUAUCCUUUAAAAGAAUUUGAUGCCGAGUUCAUUUCUACAACAAUAAUAGAAGCAUGUAAUCAUAUGAAAUUAGAUUUAAACAAAUGUGUGGGUCAAUGCUAUGAUGGGUAUGCCACUAUGGCUGGAUGUAUAUCUGGAGUACAAAAGAGAAUUAAGGGUAUGUGUCCUAGAGCCCAUUUUUUUCAUUGCCCUAGUCAUCGCCUUAAUUUAGUCAUCAAUGAUUUAAAUGUCUUGCCUGAAGUUAGAAAUUGUAUUACCAAAAUAAAGGACACUAUAACAUUUUUUAAAGAAAGUGCAGUUCACAUGAAUGUAAUUAAUUCUAGUAAUUGUAAAUUAACCAAACUGUGUGAAGCACAAUUUGUAGAGAAGCAUAAGAGUGUAAGACAAUUUAAUGAAAAGUAUAUUGUUAUUGUAGAAGGUUUAGAAGAAAUGUCAACAUCAAAACAUUUGAACAGUAAAACUAAGCAACGAAGCCUUGAAAUUCUAAAUGCAAUUACUACUCCAAAUUUUGUUAUUUUAUUAUCAAUUAUAGCAAAGUAUUCUGCCAAAUUUAAAUUUAUAUCUACUAUUCUUCAGGGUGUGAAUAUUGAUUUACAAGAAGCCACAAAACGCAUUCAAGAGCUUUUACAGAUUAUAAAAAAUGACAGAUGUAACAAUGAGUGUCAAUUUAACUUAAUAUUCAAAAAAGCAGAAGAAACUGCAAUUAAAAUUGAGUUCAGUGAAGUAGUUAAAUCUAUCAAUAACUUAUAUGGACCUCUUCUUGAUAAUUUUGAAGAAGAAGCAAUAACUUGGUAUGAAAUACGGCUAAAAAAACCAUGUGAUCCAAAUACACAAAUAAUUGAUUUACUAGAAGAAUCUAAAUACUAUCCUGCUGUAAAUACAGCUUUACAAAUAGCCAUUACAUUACCAGCAACUUCCUGUUCAUGCUUUGAGUCGUAUCAAGACAUGGGUAAGAUCUACAAUGUCCAAUAUGAGGUUAAGCAGUUUGGCUCUAAUUCACAUUCACAAAAAUAG